AGGCGGUGCCGUCUGCAAGCCUGGAUUGUGAUAUGCACACAACUAUGUUUGAUAACAAAACAGCACCGCUGCGGUUUAGUUUUGGAUUCAUUUUGUGCACAUACCGGCUUUCCUCUGCACUUGGAAUAUUUUUUUCACUCUAGUUCAUUUCUCUAUCCGAAAGCUACGGGAUAGCCUACGUCGAGAGGCGGAGGCGUUUCUUCUUCCACCCAAAGCUUCCCCAAGUCGGGACCCCACUGGCGCAGUAGGCUAUGUCAUGAAGCAGGAACGCAUUUGUGGACAUCGCUGAAGUUCCCAAUAGGAGCUUGACUUCAUUGCAUUUUUCCACUGAACUGAUCUCUAACGAGCUACCUCGCCUGAGGCAACACAGUGGGCUAGCCUGCUGUUAGACUAUCUUUUGCCACCUGUAAAAAAACACUACUGCCAUCAUGCAGACCUCAUCGCUUCGCCGGCAGAUGAAAAACAUGGUCAACAACUAUACGGAGGCCGAGAUCAAGGUCCGAGAAGCUACCUCCAACGAUCCGUGGGGUCCUCCCAGCUCGCUCAUGUCUGAAAUCGCAGACCUGACCUUGAAUGUAGUGGCUUUCCCCGAGGUUAUGGGUAUGAUCUGGAAGCGACUCAAUGACCACGGUAAAAACUGGCGCCAUGUUUAUAAGGCACUGACCCUGCUGGACUACCUGAUCAAAACAGGCGCCGAGCGUGUGGCCCAGGAGUGCCGGGAGAACAUUUACACCAUCCAGACACUUAGAGACUUCCAGUUUAUGGAUCGAGAUGGACGUGACCAGGGUGUCAAUGUCCGGGAGAAGGCCAAGCAUCUGGUGGCUCUGCUGAAGGAUGAGGAAAAGUUGAAGAAGGAGAGGAGCCAGGCACUGAAGACCAAGACGCGCAUGGCGGGAGCCUCCAGUGGUUUAGGCUCUGGAUCGCUGCCUCCUCCGUACCCAGGGCAUCGCACAAGCCAGCACAUUGCGCCAGGGGUCUACGGGGAGGAGAUGGGCAGGUGCAGAGGCUCACCAUCCUCCUUUCAUUCCUCCUCUUCCUCUCCUCGACUUGCUCCAGAAAUGGAGCAAGCUCGGCCCACGACCAGUGGAGAAGAGGAACUGCAGCUGCAGCUGGCCCUGGCUAUGAGCCGAGAAGAAAGUGAAAAGCCACCUCCUACAUUGGAUAUUGAUGAACAGACCCAGCUCCAGAUUGCUAUGACUCUCAGCAAGGAGGAGACCCAGAAGCCUGUCCAAACUGCACCUGCUGCACUGGAUAUGGAUGAGGAAACCCAGCUCCAGUUAGCCCUGCGCCUGAGCAAGGAGGAGCACCAGCAGGAGCAAAUCAGUCGCCAAGGAGACGAGUCAAUGCUCAAGCAGGCUAUGGAGGACAGCAUACGUGCGAUGGAGCCUAAAGGCGGGACCGCCUUCAUGGACCUGGUAGACGUUUUUGCAUUGCCCUUAGAUCAGCCUCCAAGUGACAACCGAUGGAAUAAUGCCACACACCAGGCAGCUGCUUGUCCCGGGAGCACAGACCCCUGGGACUCCCUGGAAGGCAGCACCAACACCUCGAGAGUAGAUGUUCCUUGGAUGGCACCCCCAACUUCCAACAGCCCCCCUCCACCAUGGGAGCCCCCAGUCGACCCCUGGGAUGACCCGAAGAGUAACCUCAAUGCCCCAGGCCGAGAAUGGCCCUACCCUGCAAACACAGCUUCCUCAGGAGUUGAUCCAUUCUCAGCACUCAAGGGAGCCGUGAGGGAACCUUCUCUCCGACCUGGAAGCCCCUCAGAUGGGGAUUUGUUUGAUGAGGCCAUGGAUGGAGGUCAGGUGAAUGUGAAUGGGCGAAGGGAGGACAGUCCGGAGCCAUUUGAUCUGUCACGUCUUGGAGAAAGCCUGGCUGCCCCCAGCCCUCGUACAUGCCGGACACCUGAGGCCUUCCUGGGCCCCACAGCAGCUUCUUUGGUAGACCUGGAAAGGUUGAUUCCAGUAAAUCCUCCAGCCAAGACCAUGAACCCCUUCCUAUCAGGCCUCAGUGCUCCUUCACCCAACAAUCCAUUCCAAACUGAGCAGCCCAAACUAACUCUGAAUCAAAUGGGCUCCAGCUUCACCGCUCUCCAGGGCACUUCUCUUCCAUACAGUGCUUCCUUGCCCCUGCCUAUGAGCCACCAGCCUGCCAGCCUCCCUUUGUCACAUACUCACCCCACCCAGCCUGGUCUGGGCCUGCCAGGGAACCUCCCUGAGCCCUUGUUGCCCUUCUCUUCAGCCAGCACUGACGGAUCACAGGCUGCACAGAACAGUCAGAACCCUUUCUUGUAAGGAUGAACUAAACUGGAGAAAAUAUCUAAGAAAAAAGGGGAAUGCCUUUAGGUUAUGCUCUUGAAAUAUAACUCUAACCGCAGACUGAACUUCAGCCCAAAGGACAUGUAUGAAAACCCUAUUCUUAGCUGUUUUUAUAUUGUGUUAUAAUACAGUAACCCUUAGAUUGAUGCAAGCUGGUUCUGCUCUUCACUGCAACAAUCUGUCCUGAUCAUCUUGUCAUGAAUGCAAUAACAGGGUUUAAAAGAGAUAACACCUUUGUAUUAGUAACAAAUAGUGUCAUGUAAACCUUCUUUAAGACCAUAACCUAUUGCGGAUUUAAUUCAGGAAAGAAAACGUACACAAAAGCACAGUUCGAUAAAAUUUUGUUGUCACUUUACUUAGCCACAGUUACCAGGCAAAUGGAUUACGGCUUUUCAAGUAGUCAACAAGUCUCCUGCUCACUCACCUGUUUGUGUGAUUGGCUUAGCUGGCUACUGCUGCUACCAUAUACAAAUAUAAAAAAUAGAUUAUUGAUAAGAGACAAGAGUUAGAGACAUGUUGAUUCUUGAAAUGUUGCUGCAUCAUCACGGUUAACGUUGUGGAGCUUUUGUUAGACCUAAACUGAUGAGCAACACCAGUGUGUACAUGAUUUUACUACAGUAAAAUCAAUUGCUGGGGUUAACUGAAUUAAAUUACAGUUUGGGAGGACUGGAAGUGCUUUAGCAUUUGCUACAAGCAAGGCAACAUUAGAAAAUGUAUGAAUCAUGAGUUUUAUUCAUUGCUUGUGAACCAAUUACUUUCAUCAAAUAUAAGGGUAUAAUUGGAACAUUG